UCUUUGGCAGGAGAGAGACCAGACUCUCACUCUGACAGCGGGAAGAGUCCUUCAGGGGAACCAGACCCAGAGACGUCCAAACCAGAGAGACGAGAUCACUGCUCCCACUGUGGAAAGAGUUUUACCCGGUUCUGGAACCUAAAACAGCAUGAGACGUUGCACACAAGAGAAAAGCCUUUCCAAUGUUCCCAGUGUGGAAAGAGUUUUAGUCAGUUAGGGAGCCUGAAAAUACAUAAGAGAAUACACACAGGAGAGAAGCCUUACCACUGCUCCCACUGUGGAAUUAGUUAUCGCUGGUUAAGGAGCCUGAAGGAGCAUGAGAUGACACACUCUGGAGGGAGAAAGAUCUGCUCCCACUGUGGAAAGAGUUUUAGCUGGUUAAAUAACCUGAAAAGGCAUGAGAGAAUACACACAGGAGAAAAGCCAUUCCAAUGUUCCCAUUGUGGAAAGAGUUUUACUCAGAUAGGGCACCGAAAAUUACAUGAGAGAAUACACACAGGAGAAAAGCCUUACCACUGCUCCCAGUGUAAAAAUAGAUUUUCCCGAUCAGGGUACCUAAAAGCUCACGAGAGGACACACACAGGAGAAAAGCCCUUCCAAUGCUCCCUCUGUGGAAAGAGUUUUACCAAGUUAGGGGCCCUGAAUCGGCAUGAGAGGACACACACAGGAGGGGAUAAAACCUACCACUGCUCCCUGUGUGAUAAGAGUUUUAACCGGUUAAGACAUCUGAAUAAGCAUGAAAGGAUACAUACACAGGAGGAGAAGACAUACCACUGCUCUCAUUGUGGAAAGACAUUUUCCCAGUCAGAGGACCUGAAAUCACAUGAGAGAAUAGAGAGGCUGUGUUCUGACUUAUGUUUUUGACUGAGAAUUUGUGUGUUUGUUUAUGCCACAUUAAAUCAUAUUGUAUUUAUGAA